AUGGGAAGGAAGAAGAUUACUAGUGAUAAUAGCACAGAGACCAUCAACCUUGAAAAUGGGCAAACUGGAACUAAAUCUACUAGCUGGAAUUCUCAAACAGUAGCUAUAUUUUGUGACUUAUGUAUCAAGGAAGUUGGAAAAGGACAAAGGCCUGGUACUCACUUUAAUAAAGAAGGAUGGGCUAGUUUGGUUGCAAACUUUCAUGCAGAGACAGGAAAUAAUUAUGACAAAUCACAAUUGAAGAACAAGUGGGAUUUACUGAAAAAAGAAUGGAAAAUAUGGAAAGAUCUAAUCGGAAAGGAUACUGGCCUUGGUUGGAAUCCCACUAAAAAUACUGUCGAUGCAUCCGAAUAA